CACACGGAGCGGCAGUUUCUAUCCCCAUCUCCGUCCCGUUGAAUCUGCUGUAGGUUCAGAGGAACUGAAGCUGCGUUUGAUACGGCGCGAAGCGUUGAUGCAGACCCAUGAUGGACGCCUGGCCAGCUGUGGCCUGGAUCCUGAUGCUGAUGUCAGUUUCUGAGUGGACGGAAACCGCAGAGUCACGGGAUUUCACCAUGAAGGACAUAAUUCAGCUGCAUCCUUCAACCACACCUCAUCCAGGUGGUUUCAAAUGUUUCACAUGUCAGGACGCUGCAGAUAACUACGACUGCAACCGCUGGGCUCCAGAUGUUUACUGUCCAGAGGAUACGAGUUAUUGCUACACGCUCCACAUGAUGGAUAACCACGGCGACAGCGUUUCUGUGACGAAGCGCUGCGCGACCUUGGAGCACUGCCGCUUCGCCGGCUGCGUCAACAUCACCCACAACGGCUUCCAGGUGUGCACGUCCUGUUGCCACGGAAAUAUCUGCAACGUGCUGGUGCCGAGGAACGACAGCGGCGCCGUGUUCUCCUCGGCCGGGCCUCUGGUCGGCGCGGGCAGCACGCCGCGUCCCGCCGCACUACGUUACAUCACCCUCAUCACUGCCAGCAGCUGCUGGACACAUUUAAGGAGUCAAAUCAUUUAACACACAAAAUAUCCUUUAAACUAGGAGUUCAUCAAGCUUACAGACGACUGUGUAGUGUUUUUUACCCGUUAUUUAUGUUGAAUACUUAAAAAUGCAUCACUUUAUUGUUUUCUAUGCUGUUUUUCUUUUUUAUAAAAUAAACUUUAAAUGUGAUUUGGAUGAUGUUUUACCCAGAGGAGAAGCUCUAUGGGAUUUUCUGAUAGAGUAACACAAAAUAUUGUAUAAAUGUUACAGGUAAAUUGGUACUUUGCUAUUUUUUAUUUAUUUAUUUCCUUUACAAAUUUUUCGGGCAGAAGCGAGAACAUUUUUAUAGCUUGUGGUAGUAAGAGAACAAAUUUAAUUAAAAAAAAAGAUUAAAAGGGGUUUGAAUUAUUUUCCAAGGCAACAAGUAUUAUCAGAAAUCAAAACAGAGCUUGAGAGUAAAAUCUUGAACCACUAAAGUCGUUCAACUUUAAUCUAAUUCCAGAAGUUUAGGAAAAGAUUAUCUUCAGUCGCAUGCCUCAUUUUACCAAUUUACAAAUCAUAUUUAUUGACAAGGCAGAACAAUGUGCUAUUUUAGUUCUGCGACUGAAAAUAUGAACAUAUUUAAGACGUUUUGAUGCACUAAAAUGAGCGUGCAGGAAGAAAACAAGAACAGCUGUGGAAGCAUUAUU